AUGGCAAUUGAAGAUUAUAAGGCUGUGCAGAUAUCUGCCAGUCCAAAAGUCUCCCCAGGGACCCCAGGAGCUAGAAUCGGGGAUAAUACAGAUAAGGAGCAACAGCAGAUCUAUUCGAGCAAAGCAGAGAGAACAUUCGAGGCGAGCGAUAGUCCUCAUCUCUUCAGGCCUAUUGACAGUUACGAGGGGCUUCAUCGCUGGGACCCCGAUUUUGAAUGGACAGAACAGGAAGAGACGAAGAUUAUUGACCUUCGUGGCUGCACCUUUGCCUGCAUAACAUUCUUCGCGCUACAGCUUGAUCGAGGAAAUAUUGGCCAGGCCUUGUCGAGUACAUUACUCAAGGAUCUGGGCAUGACAAGCAACGAUUACAAUUUGGGUCAGACUAUCUUUCUGAUUCCAAUUCAAAUGAUCUCUUGGAGUUUAGUUGCGGCCUGUCAGGCAUUUUUACAUGGGCGGAGUUCAUAUCUGGGUCUUCGAGCCCUGCUAGAACUAUUGGAAGGCGGCUUCAUCCCUGACACAGUCCUUUUCUUAUCUUUCUUCUACAAAUCCAAUGAGCUACCCAAACGGUUGACCUGCUUCUGGAUCUCCCUCAUCGUUUCCGGUAUUAUUGGCGCAUUCUUAGCCUUCGGCUUCCUCCAUGUAAACGACUCUCAUGGUGGCGGCUCAUGGCGAUACCUAUUCGCAUACGAAGGCCUUAUAACCGGCGUCAUCGGAAUUAUCGCCGUGUUUUGGAUGUCAGCAUCUCCUGUGCAAACCAAGGGAGGAUUCCGCGGAAAGAACGGAUGGUUCACUGAACAUGGAAAAAAGAUCAUUGUCAAUCGAGUUGUCCGAGAUGAUCCUAGCAAGGGUACUAUGCAUAAUCGGCAAGCAAUUACACCGAAUUUCAUGUGGGCAUCGCUGAAGGAUUUCCAUAUGUGGCCCCUUUAUACUAUCGGGUUGAUCUGGAUGAUUCCCGCUGGGCCCGCCACCAACUACCUCACGUUGCAAUUGCGGUCGCAGGGAUUCACGAAUUUCCAGACUAACUUGCUGGUUAUUCCCUCUGCCGUCGUUGGUAUCGUUACUAUCAUUGCUAUUACCUGGCUCGCCGAGCGUACAAAUCAACGCCUGCUAUGUGGUGCAUUGAUGGGUGUAUGGAACCUGAUUCUGUUGAUUGCCUUGGAAGUGCUUCCUCAGAAAAGCAUACCCUGGCCCAGAUGGGCUAUCCUCACUCAGCUGGUUGGAGGACCCAGUAUCCACCCUGUGCUAGUGGCUUUGACCGCGCGGAAUGCCGAAUCUGUACGGACUCGUACCGUAGCUUCUGCGUUGUACAAUAUGACCGUGCAAGUCUCCAGCAUUGUCGGCGUUAAUGUCUACCAAACUAAAGAUGCACCAUACUACAGACACGGAAACAAAGUUUUGAUCGCACUGGCUGUCACUGGUAUAACCCUGUUCAUUGCGGCAAGGUUCUACUAUGUCUGGCGCAAUCAACAAAAUGCCACCCAAUGCAAUGCCAUGACAAGCGAAGAAAGAGAGCUUUACGUACGCGAAAAUCCAGUAAUGACCAACAAGAGAAUUGACUUCCGAUUUGUUCUGCGAAGUCUGAUCGCUGCUCGGAUAAUUGCGGCUGCGAUUUAUAUAUUUCGACGGAAUGGAAGCAAUGGUCAACUUACACCCACAUGUCAAGCAUUAUAA